AUGUUCGAAGAACAACUGCUUAAAAUUCAUGUGUUGCGUUUUCAUUGGCUGAUUUUAAAAGAAUUUGGAUUUUUUUUCAUUGAAAUUUUAAUUAAAACAAAAGUAUUGAAUCUCAAUUUAAAUAAGAAAAUACAUUAGCUUAAACAAAUGACAGAUAAAAAGGAAGCUCCACCUAAAAGACCCCAAUGUGCCUUCUUUAUUUACAAAUAGGAGGUGUACUAAUAAGUCAAGGAUGCUCAUCCCGGCAAGAAAAUGACCGAUAUCACCAAGAUCAUCUCUGAAUAGUACAAACAACUUCCAAAGGAUAAAAUUGAUUAAUACGAAUAAAAAUACAAAGACAGCAAGGCUAUAUUUGAAAAAGAAAAGAAAGUCUAUGAGGAUAAAUUCGGAAAAAUUAAGAAUGAGAGAAAGAAGAAGAAGGAAGAUGGCAAGGGACCCAAAAAGGCCCAAAAGAAAUAAAAGAAAUAAGAGUCAGAUGAAGAUGAAAGUGGAUCAGACGAUGAUUGACAAUUCAUAUUUAAUAUAAAUAAUUAUUUUUAUUAUUU